ACAGCUUUAGCAAGUAUAAGCUGUCAAUGGUUCACUUCUCACGCUGGGGAGCAACGCAGAUAAUGAAGAUUACCACGUAGAAGAAUACAUAAAAUGAUGUGAGUGGUUCGGUGAUUUAUCAUGAGCUUCAAAAAAAAAAAUUGGUUUAUGACUAAUGAGUCCACUGCGCAAGAGUAGCGCGCACCCACGGAACAAAACGCGCACCUCCGUCCAUUUGUGAUCAAGCUGCGGUUUUCCGUGGAUACAGUGCGGUAUAGUAUUUAAUUUGGGGCUAUAUUUUAAUUUCGGACCAGAAAGGGAAACCAUUAGCUUUCUCAGCUUCAUGGGCGAAGAAGACAAGAAUCUGUUCGACCGACCUCAACGCGCAACAAACGAAGUGAAGGCAGAAAACGUCACGUAUGUGGAGGCAGAACGUCAGAGGAGAUAUGCGGAUCUGUUCGAGCAACUGGACUUGAAUAGAGAUGGCAGGGUUGACAUCAGUGAACUGCGAAUUGGACUAGCUGCUCGUGGUUUACACCAAGGAGAAGCUGAGGAGAUCGUCCUGGAGAGUGACAUCAAUCGUGAUGGCUUGCUGGACUUUCAGGAGUUCUCUGAGUAUCUCCGGGCUCACGAGAAGAGACUGUGGCUCAUGUUCCACAAACUGGAUCGGAACAAUGAUGGUAAAAUCGAUGUGGGAGAGAUCCAGCACUUACUGCAGAAGCUUGGAGUUGAGGUCACCAAGGAACAAGCGUCCAGAAUACUGCAGAGUAUGGACAGGGAUGGCACCAUGACCAUUGACUGGAAAGAAUGGCGAGAUUACUUCCUGUUCAAUCCUUUCCACAACAUGGAGGACAUUGUCCACUACUGGAAGCACUCCCAUAUGUUUGACAUUGGGGAACAUUUGACGGUGCCAGAUGAGUUCUCAGAGAAGGAACGGCGAUCCGGUCUGGUAUGGAGGCAAUUGGUUGCGGGAGCAAUGGCAGGUGCCGUGUCCAGGACAGGAACUGCUCCUUUGGAUCGCCUGAAAGUUUUCCUGCAGGUACACGGUUCUGUCUCUCAUGGGAAGAAUCUGUGGUCGGGGCUAAGAGGGAUGAUCCAAGAAGGAGGUGUCUUUGCACUCUGGAGGGGAAACGGCAUCAAUGUCCUCAAGAUUGCCCCAGAAUCCGCCAUUAAGUUUAUGGCCUAUGAACAGAUCAAGUGGCUGAUUCGUGGCAGCAAGGAGGGGGGAAGUUUAAGAGUACAAGAAAGAUUUCUUGCUGGCUCUUUGGCAGGAGCUACUGCCCAGACCAUCAUCUACCCCAUGGAGGUGCUUAAAACUCGUCUCACAUUAAGGACAUCAGGGCAAUAUUCAGGUAUGGCUGACUGUGCCAGACAGAUCCUGAGGAGGGAGGGACUUCGGGCUUUCUACAGGGGCUACCUGCCAAAUACAAUUGGUAUCAUCCCCUAUGCUGGCAUCGACUUAGCUGUGUAUGAGACUCUUAAGAAUACCUGGCUUCAGAAGUACUCUCGUGACUCAGCAGGUCCAGGUGUUUUGGUCCUUCUGGGCUGCGGUACUGUUUCCAGCACCUGUGGGCAGCUAGCGUCAUAUCCGCUUGCUCUCAUUCGGACACGAAUGCAGGCGCAAGCCAGCACGGAGGGUAAACCAAAACUGACCAUGGUUGGCCAGUUUAAAUACAUCAUAUCCAAUGAAGGUGUGUCUGGUCUGUAUCGUGGAAUCACACCUAAUUUUCUCAAAGUCAUUCCUGCUGUUAGCAUCUCCUAUGUGGUGUAUGAGCACAUGAAGAAAUUCCUUGGGGUGGGAUACUAGAUGACCAAGGAUGACCCCACUGAAAAAGAUAAAGAACACAGAGUCAUCUUAUAAUACAAAGGAGGUGAGAGAAAGGUUAUUUCUCUCGUUGAAAUUACACAGGAAAAAAAAUGAAUGCAUAUGUUUUGUGGAUUUUCAUUCUUUAAUUUAUAACCCAAAGUGUAAAAGCUUUUUUUGUUUUGCAUUUCUGCUCAUGGCUGCAAAAUCCCUCCCCAAAAAAGGAAUUUGCAUGAUAUCAGGGGAGAGUAUUUAAAGAAUGUACAUCAUGCAGGUUUUUAAUUGCCGUUGAAAAGUAUAGUUUAUAAAUUUUGAGCUUUACUGCUGAGUGAUGCAA